AUGUCCCUCAAGUCACUGUUCGUUUCUAUUCCGUUCCUUUGGCGCUGUGCUACCGCACUACCAGCAGGACCUGGUUCAUGGCCUAAUGGAACCUCCUUUGCUUACUCCUCUUCAAAUGAUGUGCAUGCAUCGGCUGCCUACAACUUGAUCGAUACGUACGACUCGAGUAACUGGGCGAGCAAGUUUGAUGUCCAGGACAUUGCCGACCCCACGCAUGGCUUUGUGGACUAUGUCAAUGCGCAAGAAGCCCAGCAGCUCGGUCUAAUGAAGACACAGAACGGCCAGGUAUACAUGGGUGUAGACUCAACAUCUCGACUCGACCCCAAUGGCCCCGGUCGAAAGAGUGUACGUGUCCAAAGCAAGACAGCCUACAACCGUGCGCUUGUUAUUGCAGACUUCGCACAUGUUCCUGGGAGUGCAUGCGGUUCAUGGCCAGCUUUUUGGAUGGUCGGUCCUAACUGGCCAAACCAAGGCGAGAUAGACAUCUACGAAGGCGUACACAUGAGCCCUUCCAAUCAGGUCACUCUCCACACAUCCCCGGGUUGCAAUCCUUCCAUCGGCCCGGGUGGGGAAACUGGAAGCCGUCUAGCAGGAGAUUGCGGUGCCGGCGGCGGCUUCAACGGCUGCGGCAUCUUAGCCAACAACCCCGUCACGUACGGUACACCUUUCAACGCUAAUGGCGGUGGUGUAUACGCCACUUUGUGGACAUCUUCUGGCAUCAAAGUAUGGUACUUUGCUACUCGGGAUGUACCAGCGAAUAUCCGGACCGGUAACCCCGAUCCUGCGACUUGGGGUACUCCGAUCGCGAAUUUCGGCGCAGGUUGUGAUUACAAUGCCAGAUUCAAGGACUUGAAUAUCGUAUUUGACAUAACAUUCUGUGGGGAUUGGGCGGGCGGCGUCUGGGGCUCAAACUCCUGCUCGCAGAUUAACCCGAGUUGCAAUGCUUAUGUGGCAAACCAGCCACAGAGCUUUUCAGAUACAUACUGGCUCGUCAACUCCGUCAAGGUGUACAGUGUCUAA